GGUCUCUUCAUUCUUGACUCUUGAGAAUAGUAACCAAAAAAGUCUACACGUUUUCCCCCAUAUUCCGACUUCCGACUUCCGACUUACCGGCGACUCAGUUCAGUUGUGGUUUAGCACCACCCUAUAUGGAUCUUAAUGAUCUGAACAAGGUUUGGGAAGUCAAACCUUUGAAGAAGGUGCGUGAUGAUGAGGCGAGGGAAAUUCUUGAAAAUGUAGCAAAACAGGUGCAACCUAUAAUGCGCAAACGGAAGUGGAAAGUUAAGGUGCUCUCUGAAUUUUGUCCUGCCAAUCCAUCUCUUUUGGGACUCAACAUAGGAGGAGGUGCUGAAGUUAAGAUUAGAUUGCGCCGGCCAAACAAUGAGUGGGACUUUUACCCUUAUGCUCAAAUUCUUGAUACCAUGCUUCAUGAACUCUGCCACAAUGAAUAUGGCCCACAUAAUACUGACUUUUAUAACCUAUUGGAUGAAAUCAGAAAGGAAUGUGAGGAGCUUAUGGCUAAGGGAAUUACGGGUACUGGACAAGGAUUUGAUCUCCCAGGAAAACGAUUGGGUGGGUUUUCUCGUCAACCUCCGUUGCCAUCAUUGCGUCAGAAAGCACUGGCUGCUGCAGAAAACAGAGCACGAUUGGAUGUACUUUUGCCAUCGGGGCCUAAGCGUCUUGGGGGUGAUAGCAGCAUCAAGGCUGCACUCAGCCCAAUUCAAGCUGCUGCGAUGGCUGCAGAAAGGAGAUUACACGAUGAUCUGUGGUGUGGCUCCAAAAUGUUAGAGAGUGAGGGGCCUUGUGAAAGCUCCAAAGCUUCAGCGAUACCGGAGUCUCGCCAUAUUUCAAUUGUAGUAACCAAUUCUAAGAUAAUGUGGGAAUGUUGUGUGUGCACUUUAUUGAAUCAGCCUCUAGCCCUCCUUUGUGGAGCUUGUGGAACCCCAAAGGAUAGAGGAAAUGAAGCUAAGGCAGCAAAGGCCUGGUCUUGUAAGUUUUGCACGUUGCAAAAUAGCCAUGAGGUUGAACGGUGCUUAGCUUGUGGAGAGUGGAGAUACUCUUAUGGUCCACCUGUUUCAAUGACAGAUCCUCGUAUUGGCACGUAAAGGGCAAUAAGCAAAGAAUUUUACAGAAAUUACAGGCGGACUUUGUUACAGGUCAGACACGAUUAAUUAAA